GUGGAAGAAGGGGAAAGAAGAACAAAAUGGCAUCGCUCCCACCUAAAUCAGAAUGAAGAUAUUCAAAUGUUGUUUUAAAUACUCCUUACAGCAGAAAGUUUUCAUCCUGUUUUUAACCCUAUGGCUGUUCUCCUUGUUAAAACUUCUGAACGUGACUAGAUUCCUCUUCCCUCCAAGAGGCAUUUACUUGGUGGAGUACUCCUUAAGUACCUCUCCUUUUGUAAGAAAUAGAUACACUCACGUUAACGAUGAAGUCAGGUAUGAAGUUAACUGUUCAGGUAUCUAUGAACAGGAGCCUUUGGAAAUCGGCAAGAGUCUGGAAAUAAGAAGAAGAGACAUCAUCGACUUGGAGGAUGAUGAUGUCGUGACAAUGACCAGUGAUUGUGACAUCUAUCAGUCUCUAAGAAGGUACAAUCAAAAGCUCGUGUCAAGGGAGGAGAAAAGCUUCCCAAUAGCCUAUUCUUUGGUUGUCCAUAAAGAUGCAAUUAUGGUUGAAAGGCUUAUCCAUGCCAUAUACAAUCAGUACAAUAUUUACUGCAUUCAUUAUGACCGAAAGUCACCUGAUACCUUCAAAGUUGCCAUGAACAAUUUAGCCAAGUGCUUCUCCAAUAUUUUCAUUGCUUCUAAAUUAGAGGCUGUGGAAUAUGCUCACAUUUCUAGACUCCAAGCUGAUUUGAAUUGCUUGUCAGACCUUCUCAAGUCUUCAGUUCAGUGGAAAUAUGUUAUCAACUUGUGUGGGCAAGAUUUUCCCCUGAAGUCGAAUUUUGAAUUGGUGUUGGAGUUGAAGAAACUCAAUGGAGCAAAUAUGUUAGAGACAGUGAAACCCCCUAACAGUAAAAUGGAAAGAUUCACUUUCCACCAUGAGCUCAGACGGGUGCCUUACGAAUAUGUGAAGCUGCCAGUAAGGACCAACAUCUCCAAGGAAUCCCCUCCUCAUAACAUUGAGAUAUUUGUUGGCAGUGCUUAUUUUGUUUUAAGUCAGCCAUUCAUUACAUAUGUUUUCAACAACUCUUUCGUUAAAGACUUUUUUGCGUGGUCUAAAGAUACAUACUCUCCUGAUGAGCACUUUUGGGCUACCUUAAUUCGGGUACCAGGAAUACCUGGGGAGAUUUCCAGAUCAGCCCAGGAUGUGUCUGACCUACAGAGUAAGACCCGCCUUGUCAAAUGGCAUUAUUACGAAGGCUUUUUCUACCCCAGUUGUACCGGCUCUCACCUUCGAAGUGUGUGUAUUUAUGGAGCUGCAGAAUUAAGGUGGCUUAUAAAAGAUGGACAUUGGUUUGCUAAUAAAUUUGAUUCUAAGGUCGACCCUAUCUUGAUUAAAUGCUUGGCAGAAAAGCUUGAAGAACAACAGAGAGAGUGGAUCACUUUGUCUUCAGAAAAGUUAUUUAUGGAUAGAAAUCUCACAGUCACAUCAUUAUAG